AUACCUUUUUUUUCUAUCCCCAGCUUCAUGUUUCCUGUAGCAGGUGGUUUAGGCCCUCCUCAAGGGAUGAUUCCUAUGCAACAGCAAGGGUUCCCAAUGGUUUCUGUCAUGCAGUCCAACAUGCCAGGCAUGAUGGGCAUGAAUUACGGCUCCCAGAUGCCGCCGGGACCCAUGGCCAUGCAGGGUGGCAUGCCUUUAGGGCCGAUGCAAGCAACUGGAAUGCCUUACAUGGGACAGGCUUCUUUCCUAGGAAUGCGCCCAACAGCCCCACAGUAUACCCCUGACAUGCAGAAGCAGUUUGCAGAAGAACAACAAAAGAGGUUUGAGCACCAGCAGAAAUUCUUAGAAGAAGAACGAAAACGGCGCCAGUUUGAGGAGCAGAAACAAAAACUGAGACUGUUGAGCAGUGUGAAACCUAAGACAGGUGAAAAAAGUCGAGAUGAUGCACUGGAAGCCAUUAAAGGAAACUUGGAUGGUUUUUCUAGAGAUGCUAAAAUGCACCCAACACCAGCAUCGCAUCCAAAAAAGCCAGGCUCUUCCUUGGAGGAGAAAGUCUUAGAUAAUGACUUAAAUGAAUCUGAACGAGACCAAACCAAACUUAAAACACCCGAAGUUGGGCACAAAGCCUCAGCAAGCCAAGUUCAGCCCAGUCUAACCAGCAGAGACUGGGGGGUUGUAGGUGGACAUGAAAGUGGUACCAUUGCUACAGAGGCGCGCAAGGCUUCAGAACAAAACAUAGCAGCUGAAGAGCGUGGAGUUGGAGUGUUCCCUUCGCAGGAUCCAAUGCAGCAGAUGAUGCCUCCCUGGAUUUACAAUGAUAGUUUGGUCCCAGAGUUGUAUAAGAAAAUUUUAGAAACCACGAUGACUCCUACUGGAAUCGAUACUGCAAAACUCUACCCCAUCCUGAUGUCAUCUGGAUUGCCCAGAGAGACCCUUGGACAAAUCUGGGCUCUAGCCAACCGUACCACACCUGGGAAGCUCACAAAGGAAGAGCUUUAUGCUGUCCUGGCUAUGAUAGCAGUGACUCAGAGAGGAAUACCAGCAGUGAGUCCUGACGUGUUAAACCAGUUUCCAGCUGCCCCUGUGCCCACUUUAACUGGAUUACCAAUGUCCCUGCCUGCUCCGGUGAGCCAGCAGCCUCUGCUGCCCUCUGCACCGCCGGUUUCCCUGCCCCUCAGCAUGGGAGCCGCCGUCAUGGGAAUGAGCAUCACGGCCCCGGCGGGCGGAGCGGCCCCCCAGCCCGCGGCAGCGUUCGCACCGUCCUACCCGCCCGGCCAGGUGGUAAAGCCAGAGGAGGAUGACUUCCAGGAGUUCCAGGAUGCUUCAAAGUCUGGCUCAAUAGAUGACUCUUUCACUGAUUUCCAAGGGGAUGUACCGGGCUCCUCCAAAGCAGCCAGUUCACAGCACCGGAGCAGUGUUCCUUCUUUGCUAAUGCCACUCCCAGGUAGUAAACCGCUCCCAUCAACUGAUAAGUAUGCUGUAUUUAAAGGAAUUUCAGCUGAGAAGCCUUCUGAGAGCUCAUCUGCUUUUGGAGAAUGUGGAGACAAAUACAGUGCUUUCCGUGAACUGGAACAACCAUCGGAGAGCAAAUACUUAGGAGAUAACCUUGCAGAAUUCAAGUCUGCAGGAACUGAUGACGGUUUCACAGAUUUUAAAACCGCUGACAGUGUCUCACCAUUAGAGCCACCUACAAAAGACAAAACUUUCCCUCCAUCCUUCCCUUCUCUACCCGUUCAGUCCAAACAGCAAACACAAUCAAAGACCUCUUUGAACCUAGCAGACUUGGAUCUCUUUUCCUCUACUGGAGAGAACAAGCAGCUCUCAUUUCCACCUGCAUUCAAUACAUCAAAAUCAGCCUCUUUUCCUCUGCCACCGCUUCCAUCUGCUACUGCCCAGCCAGCACCCAGCAAAAGCUCAAGCUUAGCUGAUGACUUUGGAGAGUUCAACCUUUUUGGAGAAUUUUCUAAUUGCACAACAGCCAGUGGACAAGAUGACUUUGCAGAUUUUAUGGCUUUCAAUAAUAGCAGUGGAUUUUCUGAACAAAAAACGGAUGACAAAUACAAUGCACUUAAGCUAGAGGCCAGUCCUGUUCCUCAGUCUGGCUCCUCUGCCAGCGCAGUGAAGAGUGGGCAGAAUUCUGCCACCACCGCUACACCCACUAAAUACGAUAUCUUCAAGCAGCUCUCCCUGGAAGGCCCUGGGGUCGGCUUUGAGGAGGCCAAGGACAACACGGUUUCCUCAGUGAAGAGCGAUGACGAUUUUGCCGACUUCCACUCUAACAAGUUUUCUUCCUCAUGCAACAGUGCGGAUAAGUCCUUGGUGGACAAAGUGGCAGCUUUCAAGCAGGCCAAAGAAGACUCUGCUUCAGUGAAGUCUCUAGAUCUGCCUUCCAUUGGCGGCAGCAGCGUUGGCAAGGAGGAUUCUGAAGAUGCGUUGUCCGUUCAGUUUGACAUGAAACUGGCUGAUGUGGGAGGAGAUCUUAAACAUGUCAUGUCUGAUAGCUCUUUGGAUUUGCCAACAGUUAGUGGCCAGCAUCCACCAGCAGCAGAUAUGGAUGACUUAAAAUGUGCCCCAUUUGGAAGCUAUAACAGCGGGUCUGCGGUCAGCAGCCUGGCAAGCUACGACUGGUCCGACAAGGAGGACGUUCAUCAGGGCAAGAAGCUCCCUGCCUUCGUCCAGCCUCCAGGAAGUGGAUCCUCUGCAGCCACUUCAGUCCUUCAGAAGAAGGAGACUUUGUUUGGCAGUUCGGAAAACAUUACCAUGACAACAGUUUCCAAAGUGACAACCUUUUCUAGCGAGGAUGCUUUGCAGGACGCUCCGUUUGCAGCCUUUGCAAACUUCAGAGACUGCGGCCUGAUCCCCGGCGCUGCGAGCGAUGACGACGUCGGAGACUUCGGCGGUUUUGCGAGGCCUUCAUCAGGCGCACGGGAUGCAGCAGCAGCAGGAGAUGCAAAUCACGAGGCAGAUUUCAUUGCUAGCCAGGUCUCUGCUGAAUUGCCAAAAGAGCCUGCAGAUGACUUCGGAGAAUUCCAAAGCGAAAAGCCCAAAAUCAGCAAGUUUGACUUCUUGGUAGCGACUUCCCAAGGCAAGGUGAAGUCUAGUGAAGAAAUGAUCAAGAGUGAACUGGCUACCUUUGACCUGUCUGUCCAAGGGUCGCAUAAAAGGAGCUUAAGCCUAGGUGACAGAGAAAUAAGCCGCUCUUCACCUUUACCAGUUUUGGAACAACCAUUUAGAGAUCGUUCAAAUACUCUGAGUGAGAAGCCUGCUUUGCCUGUCAUCAGAGACAAAUACAAAGACUUAACUGGGGAAGUGGAGGAGAGUGAGAGGUACGCGUAUGAAUGGCAGAGAUGCUUGGAAAGUGCCCUGCAAGUAAUAAAGAAAGCAAAUGAUACCUUAAAUGGAAUAAGUAGUUCAUCUGUUUGCACUGAAGUUAUCCAGUCUGCUCAAGGCAUGGAAUAUUUAUUAGGGGUUGUUGAAGUCUAUAGAGUAACAAAGAGAGUUGAACUGGGUAUCAAAGCAACUGCUGUGUGUAGUGAGAAACUCCAGCAGCUUCUAAAGGAUAUUGAUAAAGUGUGGAACAACUUAAUAAGCUUCAUGUCACUUGCUGCUUUGACGCCGGAUGAAAACUCCCUGGAUUUCUCAUCUUGUAUGCUGCGUCCAGGCAUUAAAAAUGCCCAAGAUCUUGCCUGUGGGGUAUGCCUCUUAAACGUGGAUUCAAGAAGUAAAAAAGAAGAGAAACCUGUGGAAGAGCUUCCUAGAAAAGCCUUUAAUUCGGAAACGGAUAACUUUAAACUGGCUUACGGAGGGCACCAGUACCAUGCAAGCUGUGCCAAUUUCUGGAUCAACUGUGUGGAGCCCAAACCUCCAGGUCUCAUUUUGCCAGACUUGCUCUGAAGGGAGUUCCUCUGAAGAUGGAUUAUCAGGUUCUAAUAAUAUAGGACACUUGGGCAAUAAUGUGAUAGAAUGAGUGGAA